AUGCGGCCGCCGCUUCCCUGGCUCCUGACCGGGCUGCUGCUGGGAGCGCUGUGCGAGGAGGCUGCCGCGGCGAACAGCGACCCGCCGGCCCGCUCGACGCCCCCGCAAGGCAGCACCCCCGGGGAGGCGACGCGGAGCAGCAAUGGCAGCAGCAGGGCCCCGCCCGAGCGGGACCAGCCCAUGACCCAGCGCGCCCUGGCUGUGCUCGUGGUGGCCAGCGCCGCCCUCAUCGUCUACUUCGUGAUCCGGACCGUGCGCCUCAGAAAAAGAAACAAAAAGACCCGAAGGUAUGGAGUUUUGGACACCAACAUAGAAAAUAUGGAGUUGACGCCAUUAGAACAAGAUGAUGAUGAUGAUGAUACAACAUUGUUUGAUGCCAAUCAUCCUCGAAGAUAAGUAUGUGCCUUUCAUUGAGAGAAAUCAACAGAAAGAGGAGGUUAUGCAGGAGGAAUAAGAAGCCAAUAUAUCAACAGGGUUGGGGGGGUAUUUAAAUUGUAUAUAUUAUGGUAUGCUUAGUUUGUUGCAAUAAAUACUAUAACAAUUUGUUGUACCUCUUUGUAUAUACAGAAAUACUCUAAAUUCAGAGGGGUGUACACUAAAAUUCAAAACUAUUUGGAAAAGAGAUUCCCUUUUAAAACAGGGUAUUUUCUGCUUAUUUUAAUUCCCCUAUUUGUGUAUAUGUAUGGUAUACUUUUCUAUACCAAUCUGGAAUAUGUUCACUUAUUUUUGCCAAUGUAAUAUUUUAAGUCUGUAUCAACAACAUCAUCUUAUGUAUGUGUGAAUUUUGUAGUACGGCUAGAUUUUCUGUAGUUUAGUUGAGAUUCUUUCCCUAUCUUGAAAAAGCUCUGUGCCAAACUACUGCCUCUUUUUUGUUUGAAAUUUUUAACUAAAUGAAUGUGAGUUGCUGUACGUAAACAUUAUUUAAAACUGCCAAGUGCACCAAUAAAAUGUUUACAAU